UUUCCCCUUCCCUUCCACAACUCCACCCUUUAUAUAUCACAUAAAUCCACAUUUCAUUCACCACAAACUAAUCAACAAACUCUCAAUUUCUUUCCGAUAACGAUUCAAUUCAAUCACAAUGGCUCGUACCAAGCAAACAGCACGCAAAUCCACCGGAGGCAAAGCCCCAAGGAAACAAUUAGCCACCAAAGCUGCUCGGAAAUCAGCUCCGGCAACCGGAGGAGUGAAGAAGCCACACAGAUUCAGGCCAGGAACCGUUGCUCUGAGAGAAAUCAGGAAGUACCAGAAGAGCACUGAGCUUCUCAUAAGGAAGCUUCCAUUCCAGAGGCUUGUGAGGGAAAUCGCCCAGGAUUUCAAAACUGAUCUCCGAUUCCAAAGCAGCGCUGUUUCUGCUCUACAGGAAGCUGCUGAAGCUUACCUUGUUGGUUUGUUUGAAGACACUAACCUUUGCGCUAUUCAUGCUAAGAGAGUUACCAUUAUGCCCAAGGAUAUUCAACUUGCUCGAAGAAUCAGAGGCGAGAGGGCUUAGAUUCGGUUCCAGUAUUUCAAGUUCUAUGGGUGUUGUUUAUGUUUCUUAGUUAGGGUUCUGUUUAUGUUUUUGUUGUUUUUUAUUCUGUUUUGAAGGUUAACUUGUUGUUAUCCUAGUUCUAGGCUUCUCGUUUGCAAUUUAGUGGAACUGUAGUUAUGCAUAGCUGUGAUUUGUACAUCACUGUUGUUUGGGUAAUUAUCCCCAUGAAUUGAAUAUCACUUUCUCAGAUCUUUGUUAA